AUGGAAUACGGGCCUACAAAAUUUAAAUUACCAAGAGACCUAGGAAAUGUGGGCGAUGGAAAUAUCAAUGCAAAGAUGAAAGCUGUUGAUUUUAAUCCAUUCAGCUGGGAUAACAGCAGCACGAAAGUCCAAUCCAGUGUUAUAAGUCUUGAACUUCAAUCGGAAAAUGGAGCAAAACUGAAUGUUACAAACCUGGAUAACUACAUCGAAAUCGUCAUCCCACUUUCCAGCCCACCCUCAAAGACCAACAACAAAACAGUGAUCGAACAUCAUUUCCUGAAGCCCCACCAAUUGACUGUCCGAAGCUACUACGCAGAGCUAGCAGAUGUACCUGUUUUCAUCACGUUAGGCGUACUAGGAACAAACACAUCUAUUAAAUUGCUUGUGAAAUUUGGAUCGAGGCCUUCAACGGAGAGCUCUGAUCUUAACGUCACUGUUAGGUUCACUUCGAUAUGCGGGAACAUGACUAAGGUCGUACCGAACGAAUCUUCUUGCCAUCUCGACGAGAAAACCAUCACAGUUCUUCCGACGAAACCAACUCUCAUAUAUAUUGGUUUAUUGUUGGAGUUAUCAAAAACUGAAAGCAAACAUGCAAGAGAGAAGAGGUCCUGCUUUGGCCAAGGGCGUCAGAGAAGAUCCUGUGUUGGUGUCAAAGAUCCUCCCCCUAAAGGUGUCCAUCAGACGGUCGUACCUCAAUAUGACCCACGCUCUGAUGUCAACUACACUUUCACUGUAACUCAGUCGAGUUGUUUGUAUUGGUCUGAAGAUGAGGAAAAGUGGACUUCUGAUGGUUGCAAGGUCGAUUCAGGUUCCAACACAACGCAUCUCAAAUGCCUCUGCAAUCAUUUGACGUCUUUUGGUGGAAACUUCAUUCAAAAACCCAAUCCUAUUGAUUUUGACAAAGUUUUCACAGAGUUCUCGCGUCUUAGUGAGUCUGGCAACAUAUCGGUGCUUGUGACAAUUGCAUGUGUGUUCCUCACCUAUUUCAUCGUGUUGGUGUUUGCGAGGAGAGCUGACAGAAAAGAUGAGAGCAACAUUUGCUCACCACAACGUGUAAAUAUUGCUGAUGAAGGAACUUACUAUUACGACAUGGUUAUUAGUACUGGCGUCUGGAGGGAUUCAGCAACAACUGCAAACGUAACAAUUAGCAUAAAAGGGGAAAAUGAAGAUCACGACCAAAUUCCCCUGCGACGAAAUGGAGGUUUGAACCUUAUGUUCGGUCGAGGAAGUGUAAAUGGUUUUGUCCUAGUUACCAAUGAAUCGUUAGGAAAUUUAAAUGAAAUAACUUUGGAACACGAUAAUUCGGGUGAGAGUCCAUCUUGGUUUGUAGAGGCAGUGGUAAUAAGAGACAGACAAACGAAGGAUCAGUGGGUGUUCCCCGUAAAUAGAUGGCUUGCUCUAGAAAAAGACGAUGGGCAAAUAGAGGUUAGCGUAGAAAGCAAAGGUGUUACUUCCUUCUCAGCAGAGGUGAGAUCACGCUUCGGAAGGAAACUAGCCGACAGUCAUUUGUGGAUGUCAGUGUUUGGAAAAGCGUGCAAUAGUACUUUCACGCGCGUGCAAAGAGCGUCGUGUUGUCUUUCAGUUCUCUUCAGUGCCAUGAUUGCUAAUGCCAUGUUUUACAACAUUGGUGGAGAGUCGGUAGGAGCAAUACAGAUCGGACCAUUCAAAUUUUCCACGAGACAGAUAGUCAUUGGAGUACAAAGUAGCAUCAUAGUCGCACCAGUGAACGUCCUCAUCGUGUUUCUGUUUAAGUCUAGCAGAACCAAAGAGAAAAAAGCAGACAAAUAUGAAGAAUCCUACCAAGUACAACAACUCAUCGAUGAAGUAAACGGUAAAGGCUGUAUGCUGCCUCAUUUCUGUAUAUACAUGGCUUGGUUUCUCUGCUUUAUGACCACCGUGACUGCUGCAGCGUUCACGUUAUUUUACAGUUUAAUGUGGGGAAAAGAGGUUGCUGAGCAAUGGCUCGCAUCCAUUCUUAUCUCAAAUGGACAAGAUAUUUUUGUUACCCAACCGACAAAGGUCAUGUUAGCAGUUCUCGGCGUUUCCUUCCUUUUGAGUAGAAAUAAAAAAGAAGACCAACAAGAGAACAAAGUGGAAGAGGGCGACCCACCAGAUGAUGACAUAGAUUUCCUAAGUGAAAACCCUAAGCAACGCUUUAAAAAGAAUCUCAUGGAAAAAAUGCGUGUACGAAGCAGAAAAGAGGCUCAACUGACAAGUAUGGCGAGACAAAUCGUCCUCCAUUUAAUAUUUAUGUUUCUCCUGUCUAUCGUCUCUUACGGAAACAAGAAUGGAAAUCGUUUCUUAAUGACAAUCGCAACGAGGAAUUCUUUCACAAAGUUCGACCGGGUCACUGACUCAAAGAAACUGUGGGUAUGGAUGAGACAGGAGUUUCUGCCAAACAUUUAUGACCAAUCCUGGUACAAUGGCCUUGAAGAGAAAAAGGAUGUGUACAUCAUCAAUAAGAUGUCUAUUUUGAUUGGCAUGCCUCGGAUGCGACAAUUGAGAAUUCAUCAAAGUCCCUGUGAAUCAAUGCCUAAAAUUAUACCAAACUGCUACUACGAUUACUCUCCAGAGAUGGAGGAUACAACAGAGUUAAGCCUUCCCGGAUGGAGGCCACUUCCAGACAAUACAUCAUGGCCAGAGGCUCUUCGAAUCUGCCCAAAACCAUGGCGCUACCAGAAAGCUGAAAAGCUCGGCAUCGAUCCUGUCAAAGCCGUAUACAACACUUAUGGAGGAGGCGGUUACGUAGCCGUCUUGGGGUACGAUGCGCAAACAGCGCAUAGCGUCUUGGGUGAGACUAUGGGCCUUGGAUGGCUUGAUCGUCAUACCCGUGCUGUAGUUCUAGAAUUUGCAGCGUUUAAUAUCAAUACGAACCUGAUUAGCAUUGCUACAUUCAUCUACGAAAUGAUUGCGUCUGGUGCAGCCUACACUACAAUGAGGGUGGAUACACUUGAGCUAUAUACUACAGAGUCGGGGGCUGUUAUGUUCUAUCUCAUUUGUCAGUUUUUGUUCUUGGCAAUGGUGUUGUUCCUCUUCAUUAUGAUGCUGUAUCACCUCUACCGACAGAGGUUUGCAUUUUUCAAAUCCGUCUGGAAUAUGGUGGAGUUCUUAAUGAUCAUUUCUUCUAUAACGUCCGUCAUGAGCUAUAUGAUAAGAUCCAAGAAAAUCUUGAACAGCAUUAAAGCUAUUCAGAAUAAUCCCUUCGAAAUAAUUCAUUUUCACUCUGCUUUAAACUGGGCAAACUGGGAGAACGCUUCCAUUGCCCUCGCCAUUUUCAUGGUAACAGUGAAGCUUUUGAAUUUGAUUCGUUUCAAUCCUUACGUCAUUUAUUUAUUUUCAUCGUUCCGUCAGUCUGUUGGGUACCAACUGUCCUACUUGGUUUUCUUCUUCAUAGUCUUCAACGCCUUUGUCGUAACGGGAAUGCAGCUUUUUGGUGGCCUGGUUCCCCAUUACUCCAGUUAUUUAUUCGCAGUUCUUUCACAAUUACAAUUUCUGUUAGGAAAAGCAGUCCCAAUUGCUCAACUUCGCGAAGAUAAACCCUUCAUCGGCCCAACCUUUGUUCUGUCAUUCAUGAUAAUGAUGACGAUAGUUCUUAUGAAUAUGCUGGUUUCUGUUCUAAACGAAUCAUACGCUGAUGCCCGGGAAAAUGCAGAAAGUGCAGAAGAGCUUGAAAUGGCGCACUUCAUUGGGGAGCGCUUCAUGGAGUUGUUUCAUGAAGAAAAAAAGCGACCAGAGUUAAGAUUAUUUUGUGAUGAUGCAACUUUUGUUAACAUGUGUCACUCUGAUGCAGAACCAUUUUGCUUAAAUUUUAAAAGUCUCCUUAGGUGCACAGAGGAACGAUUACAAAAAAUAGAUAGAAGACUUAACGUCCUUACCAGACGCACAGAGGGCAUUGAUCUCGACUACCUGCGAGAGGAGAAAGAGUUUAUUUCUCUUGUUACCUCAAUCAUUAUUUCGCAUUAA